AUGGCGCACGGCCAGCCCGACCUCAGCCACAUGUACGCGCCUCCCUACACGCACGGGCACGCCCACCUACACCCGGCCCCGCCCCCGUCGUACUCGUGCGGCGGUGACGUGUACCAGGACCCGUCCAAUGGGGGCUACCUGGCAACGUCCACCUGCGGCGCGGUGACCUAUCACGCGGCGCCGGCCUACAACUCGGCGCCAAAAGCCCCGCUAGUGGCGGACUACGGCGCGGGGGGGUUGUACCCCACCCAGAGCACCUUCCCGGACCGGAAAUCGGUGGCGGCGUACGCCUUGGACUCGCUGCGCGCGGCCCCGCCGCUCACCCCGCUCAACACCAUUCGUAAUUUCACUCUGGGCGCGGCCCCCCCGCCGCCGCCGCCACCCCCGAUAACGACGCCGAUGACGACCGCCGCCGCCAGCGAGGGCUCGCUCAGCACCGCCGCCUUUCCGACCCACCACAACCUACCGCUCAGGCCGAUCCUGCGCCCACGAAAGUACCCGUGUCGACCCAGCAAGACGCCCGUGCACCAGCGGCCGUACGCCUGCCCGGCCGAGGGCUGCGAGCGGCGCUUCUCGCGUUCGGACGAGCUGAGCCGCCACCUGCGCAUCCACACGGGCCUCAAGCCCUUCCAGUGCCGCAUCUGCAUGCGCGCCUUCGGCCGCAGCGACCACCUGACCACGCACGUGCGCACGCACACCGGAGAGAAGCCCUUCUCCUGCGACACCUGCGGCAGGAAGUUUGCGCGCAGCGACGAGCGGCGGCGCCACAUCAACGUGCACCUGAGGGCCAAAAGCAGCAAAGGCUCCGCCCUCUGACGUCACCGACAAUAUUGACCAUGUUCCCCGGUUUGGGAUUCAUGAUUCUGUGUGAAAAGCGACCAUCUGCAAUUAUGAUUAUGAUGAUGCAAUUGUAGAUACCGCAAAUUUGACUUACAAUAUAUCUGGUACGUGAAUUCGGGAUAUCCGCAGCAAAAUUACAGCUGAAAUUAGAGUUCCAGAUACCAACAAUUCUGUUGCCACAUCUGCAAACAACUAGUGGUGAAAGAAAUGAUUGCACAUCACUGCUAUUCUAAUUCUGGAUAGGAAAACUGUCGUUUUUGACAUCUCAAAUCUUCCUUUUGAUUUGGCAAAAGUCAACAUUGACAUUUGCAGUCUGGCUCGCGCAAAUUGGUUUGUGACGUCACCAUCAGCUGUAUUGUAAAAAAAAAAAAAAGUGAAAGCUGGAAACUUUUAGGGGUCAGACACGCUUGGAGAAAAUCGGGAGAGAAAGGCUGCACCCCCCUGAUGAUGAUGAUGAUGCUCAGGAGGAAGAAUGCGGAAACAACUCAGGGAAAAAAAAAAAAAGCACAAAACUUCUUUGCGGACGUUCAUUCGGGACGGCAUUGUGACA